GUACAAGUCAACUCCCUCUUCCCCAGACUUCUCAAUUCAACGACAACACCUUGCAUAGUUUUCGGAUUCUGCAAACCUACCAUUCCACGCCAUAUGUAGCUUUCCGCAAUGAAGGGUCUUGCCACUGGCCUGCCAAAGCAAUGUAGCCUCCACGUUUCCGGGAAAGCCCUCACCGGAGUUAUGUUUCACAGAACCACUUUGAAUUUCUCACCACGAUUCCAAUCCUUUGGGAGCUUACCACGGGUACGAAAUACUUCGACGAAAGCUAGGAGACCGAGGACGGCUAUCUUCUUCCCUGGUAUGCUUAUCUUUGUCUAUGUAAAUUGGAUUCAAUAAGUGCUUGAACUAAUGAAACGGAAAAUAGGACAAGGAGUUCAGAGAGUCGGAAUGCUCACACUAUGGCUCGAAGCCUUUCCUGCAACUGCAAAACCGGCAGUGGAAGAGAUAGACCAUCUGCUAGGCUACAAACUCUCGAAAGUCAUCGAAGAGGGACCUAACAGUACACUCACCGCCACCGAGAACUCGCAACCCGCAAUCAUGGCUUGCUCCCUCCUGAUCCUCCGAAUCCUGGAGCGCGACUUCGGUUUCAACUCUGCAGAAAAAGUAGAUGUCACACUAGGUCACUCGCUGGGCGAAUUUGCGGCCUUGGUUGCGGGGGGAUUCGUCUCUUUCCAAGAUAGUCUUUAUCUUGUGCGGAAGAGGGCGGAGGCCAUGGCAGAUUGCUCGAGAAGGGCCAGUGUGGAACACGGAGGGGAAUAUGGGAUGGUGGCUUUGGUCACCGAACCGGAUCACUUGGUUCCAUUAAUUGAGUCGAUCCAUGAAUUUCUCGGCUUCCAUAGCGCGGGGUCGAAAUCGGAGAGUGCGCAGGAUGUGCCUCCUAUACAACAGGUUCUUAUUGCGAAUAUCAAUAGUAAGAAUCAGAUUGUGCUGAGUGGGAAUAUUGAGAGGAUUAGGACUCUUUUGACGCAUGUUAGACAGUUUGGGGGUCAUGAUCCGAGGGCUGUUAGGCUGAAGAGUGAUUCUCCUUUUCAUAGUCCGUUGAUGAGACCUGCUGCGAAGGCCAUGAGGAAGAUGUUGGAUGGAAAGAGUAGGGUUCCAGGAAGGGAAAACGAAGACAUCGUUUCGUUUCCUGGAAAACUUCAAUGUAUCAGUAAUGUGAGUGCUCGGCCUUUUGAAAGUCAGGAAGAAUUGAAGGAUCUUUGGGCUCGGCAAUGCGUGGAAACGGUUCGCUGGUGGGAUUCGAUUAAAUAUCUUGACCAGGAACAGCAAGUUCGGCGUUGGAUUGGUAUUGGACCUGGCAAGGUUGGGAGAAAUCUGGUUGGGAAAGAGGUUGGUAUGCGUGGGAGAGACGUUGUGAAAGGUGGAGGUGUUUGGGGGAUCAGCGAUCCGAAAGAGAUUGAGGAGGUAUUGAGAGCUUUGGAGGAGACGGAGUCAAUCAAGGAUGAAGAAUGAUUUUGACUUUUUAGCUCACACUUUUGGAGAGGGGAAAAUGUGCACUCUCGGGGUGUUUUGGCUAGGUUGACCAUUUGUUUUUGUAGAAGUAGCACUCAACUACAAAUAUACCUAUAGUACCUCGGACUUGGAAUCCU